CCUUUACUCCCAAAACGAUGACGAGCAGAGAUGAGAUCAGGAAGCUGCAAGAAUCACUGCCAAUCUAUGGACACCGGAAUGGGCUACUGGAUGCCAUAAGGGACAAUGACAUCCUGGUCAUCAUCGGAGAGACCGGAUCUGGAAAGACCACUCAACUACCCCGAUAUGUCAUUGAAGAGUUCAAAAACAUGCGUAUUGGUGUUACGCAGCCACGUCGAAUUGCAGCCAUUUCAGUCGCCAAACGUGUUGCGGAAGAAUACGAUUGCAGACUUGGAGACACGGUCGGAUACACCAUUCGGUUCGACGACAACACCUCGUCCAGGACACGGCUGAAAUAUAUGACAGAUGGCGUUCUUCUACGUGAGGCUACCAUGGACCCAUUGUUGGAGAAAUACGAUCUUUUGAUUAUUGAUGAGGCCCACGAAAGAACCGUCGAGACCGAUGUUCUUUUUGGGCUUCUAAAGCGAACAAAAGCGAAACGACCCAACCUGAAGCUGCUGAUCAUGAGCGCGACCCUCAACGUUGUACAGUUCUCGGAUUUUUUCAACGAGUGUCCUAUCUACUCCAUCCCAGGAAGAACUUUCCCAGUCGAUAUCCUUCACUCCAGAGAAACCAGCAAGCUUGGUGUAUUAAAGUCAGGCUAUGUAUCAAAGUCUGUCGAGACCGUGAUGCAUAUUCUCAAUAAAGAAGUGCGACCAGGAGAAGUGGGCGAUAUCCUGGUCUUUCUGACUGGACAACACGAGAUUGAACGCGCCUGUCAGGAUCUCAAAAAGGCAGUACAGGACAAGGAGAAGGAGUAUCGCCAAUCUUCAACAUCCUCGUCCACCGGAGACAGACCCAUCUCACUGGAUCAGCUUCAAAUCUUGCCGCUCUAUGCAUCAUUAGAACUCCUGGACCAGGGCAUGAUUUUUGGACCGGCGCCUCGGGGAAGCCGUAAAGUCAUCUUUGCCACCAAUAUUGCCCAGACCAGUGUCACGAUCCCCAACAUCCGAUUCGUGGUCGAUUCUGGGUUUGUCAAACAAAAGAUGUAUGAUCCUAUGACCGGAAUGGAUGCCCUCUUGGUCGUACCCAUCUCGAAGGCUACAGCGAUCCAGAGAGCCGGACGAGCUGGAAGGACGCGUGCGGGAAUCUGUUUUCGACUGUAUUCGAAAGAAUCUUUCGAGACGGAAAUGGAGCAGGAGACCGUGCCAGAGAUCAAGCGCACAGGACUGACAGGAACGGUACUGUCGUUGAAACGACUCGGCAUAUUGGAUGUCAACAGAUUUGAAUUUAUGGAUCGUCCUGGAGAGGACGAACUCAUGGCUGCUUUGCGCGAGCUAUUCCUGGUUGGAGCGAUUGACCAGUUCGGUCGUAUGACCGAAGUAGGACACGGAAUGGUGGCUUAUCCAGUGAACCCCCUCCUGGCCAGGUCGCUCGUGGAGGCCGAAAAGAUUGGAUGCCUGGACAAGGCUGUCACCAUUGUCGCCAUGCUCUCCGUAGAAGAACCGUUUUAUUUGCCACGAAAAGAGGAGGAACAGGAUGCAGCUCGUACCACUCAUUCUCAAUACUACCAUCACUCUGGCGAUCACGUUACGUUACUAAACGUCUAUGAAGCCUGGAGGGAUUCCGACUAUUCUAAAGACUGGUGCCACCACAACUAUUUCAAUAUUCGUCACCUUCGACUCGCAAGGAACAUUCGUUCUCAGCUGCGGGACAUCAUUAACCGCAACUCCCUUUACGACAAGGACGCUCAGAGCCAUACCGGCAGAGAUCAGAUGGACAAAGAUCGCUCUCCGGACAGAAACCCCAGGAAAGAUAGGCCCUCUGCAGCGUCGUCCCCAACACAGUCAUCCUCAUCAUCUCGAUCCAUUUUGCAGGCGUUCAGUCAAGGCUAUGGUAUCCAUUUAUCGAAGAAACAUCAUCACCGACAGAUGUUUUACCAUUACCUCGCAUCAACUUCUUCACCUUCUGCAGGUGCCGGCGGAGCACCGAUGAACUCUCUACUCGCACUUCAUGCCUCUCCUCUUUCGGCUUUAUAUCUGGAUGAAGAACGAUUAAUGACCAAGUACGGACGGAAAGUAGCGCGAGAUCUGGAGUGGAUUAUUUAUCACGAGCUCGUAUUCCACGUCAAAGCCGUGAUGCGCUACGCAAGCAAGAUUGACGUACGGUGGGUUCAGGAAACCCUAGAUCGGGCCAAGAUCUUUGAUCAGGGACAGGUCUGGUUGAACUGUGAGCGAUCCGAGGCACCGUCAGAUAGGGAAGUCGGUGAUGGAGAAACAAAGACCGUGCCAGGUCGUAUGAGAGAUUUGGGGAAGAACGAUGAUGAACAGGAAUUGGUUGAGCAGGCCCAGAAGCGUAUAAGGCUUGAGAUGGUAGAGGCAGCCAGAAGACGAGCGAUGGAGAGACGACAGAAUCGAUCAUAAAGCGU